AUGCUUGCUUAUGAUGUCGGAAUAGAUCAAUGCGCUGAGUAUUGUCGGAUGACAACACCUACCUCCAUCGAGGCUCUGAAACUAUUUACAAGAGGAAUCGUUAAUCUAUACUCGGCAGAAUACCUCCGGCCUCCUACUCCGGCCGACCUCAGAAGACUUCUCGCCAAAGCUGAGAGAAGAGGCUUUCCUGGGAUGAUUAGAAGCAUCGACUGCAUGCACUGGCAAUGGAAGAAUUGCCCAACAGGUUGGGCUGGACAAUACAGCGGUCGAAAACGUGUGCCCACUAUCAUCCUAGAAGCAGUCGCAUCUUAUGACACAUGGAUAUGGCAUGCCUUCUUUGGAAUGCCUGGAUCAUGCAACGACCUCAACGUGCUUGCUCAAUCCCCAUUGUUUGACGAGCUGACUGCUGGUCGAGCCCCUCAGAUCCAAUUUCAAGUGAAUAAUAGAAUUCAAAAUUUAGGCUACUAUCUCGUUGAUGGUAUCUAUCCGUAA